AUGGGCAACGUUCUUCGCAAAGCUACAGAUAGUGUAGCUGGCUACCGCCGGAAGUUGGAAAAUAUGAGUCUCAGACAUGAAAAAUCGAAACUUGCUAAGAAGCUCGAUCCUCAGGUCGACUCCGCUCAUGUCAAGAAAGUUACGCCAAAAUCCUCUGCGCGCCUACCUGGUCAAGGAACCGACGAUCAGGGUUAUGACCCUUUGAUGGAUCGGACGACUACUUAG